GUCAAGGUCCAGCUCGUAGAUGGAGCUGGCCGAGCUCGAGGGGGGCGAAGUUGCGGAGGUUCUGCAGCUCGAUCUCCUCCAGAGGAUCAAGCGGCAUCAAUUUGGCCCCACCUGAUCAUGGAUCGAUGAGACACGAGCGACACACACAUAAAGUGACCACCAUAAUCCGCCCGCCCUUCAGGGGGGCCAGGCCAGGCCUCCUCUGUAGUGCAGCCGCUGGUCUGUGCCGGUCAGUCGGUCUUCUUACCGCUGGCCGCAUCAUCUAUGCUCGCCGGGAUCUCCUGCUGUUGAUGCAGCGGUGCCGGCAAUUGGAAAGGCAUCUGGGGCUUGGGUGCGGGCGGGAUCGACGGGAGUACCACGUGAGACGACCCGAAGCCGCCAGCCAU